AUGUUUGAUAAACCAAACAGCGGUGCAUUUCAUGCCAUUGCCCUCUUCUUGUUUGCUAAGCUGGAUAAGCGCCGCGCAGCAAAAACUUUCAGGCACUGUUCCUUUCCAUUAGCAACCUUCUCAAAUCCUGAAUUUAGGAAGCAGUGCUGUAUGUGGCUAAAAGAUAUUGCCAAUGAAGACCAAAGCUGUCUUCCACGAAUCACACCUUCUUCACUUAUUUCUCCUGGUGGUCCUAAAUUUAUUCAACUAUUCCAUCAGUUUGCAAGACAUGUGAUGAUUGAGGACAUGAAAAGGAACUCUGUAGGCACUGAUAUACCUUUUGCUGAAGCUGUGAGGUUGAGCCCUGAAGAUAUGUACAUGGCAGAUGCAAGACGUAGAGUCGCAUACAAUAAACUUCUGCAAAUUUUUCAAAAGGAAGAUUUUGUUAUUGAAGAAUAUAAGAAAAAAGCACAGCUUUUAAUUAAAGAAAUAAACCAGAUAAAGUCUGAAUAUGCAGUCCUGCAGAUACAGUCUUGCAAGAUGAAACAAAAUGACCAAAACAAAAAUGACAAAACUGAGCGAAUUCAAAAGGUCCGCAGUAUGUGGACACUUAUAAUGGGAAUGCUUACAUCUCUGAAAAAGGAAAAGGAAGUUGUGGAUUCUGUACUUCACCUACUUGAAGAUUGUGUUGGUCAGUACAUUUUAGACGGAACUAAUGUUGUUUUCAGUGUUCCACAGCUGUUGCUUCACAGAGUUGAAAAUGACAUACACCAACUUUGCACAGGAAAUGUAUAUGAAGCUGAAAAGCUGAAUUUCUUAACAGUCAUUCAGUUAUUAAAUGAAGCCCUGAGGACAUUGAGGGAUGAACAUUGUCAAUAUGAAUUUGAAGACCUUCAUGUCAUUGAGAAUAGAAUUACGCUCUGCAAUAAAAUACUACAGGAUUUGGCAGCAAAGAGGCUAACAAUAGAGCAAGAGCAUUGCGUGUCAACAAGUGGAUCUAUUUCUAGAAAACAGGAAGACUGGGAAGAGAAGUGGAAAAGCUUUCUUGGCCCGUGCCUUUUUAAUUUAAUCUUAGAUCAGGAUCCACCAUUUUGUCUGUUAAGAGCUUCGUCACCCGAUUCUUCUGGUCUUGCAGAAGAAGAAGAUAAUGACGACGACAUUAGUGUCAUUUGUCAACAACUAGUAUCAUGUUCAGAUGUUUAUGACUCUGUUUCUGGAAUACGUUAUGAGAAAGAUGAUGAGGCACUGGAAACUAUGAUGGAGAAGUCAACACCACCACCCAGAUGCCACUAUCCACUGCCAAGGAUCUCUUCAGAACCUUUGGAGUUGUCAAAAGCGUGUGAAAACAAAGACAUGUUAAUUGAAAAGAACUUGCAUAUUGAAACUUGCAAGGGGGAAAAAAAGCCUGUGCCUCCAAAGAUCUUAAAGAAUGGAAAGGAUGAGUCUGCCACUUCAGAAAUGAGGGAGAAUGCAGGUGAUCAUGUUAUCCAGACAGAGUCUCCUGUCAAAAAAGAAGAUCCUCUUGAGAAAGCCAGAGAUGAACUGGCUGAAGAGGUUGCAAAAACAGUGAUAUCUGAGUCGCCCCAGAGUAGCGAAGGAAAAGAAAUGGCAUUAGAAGAUCUCAUUAGCUCAAUGGCUUUUAACCCAUUUUUAACAAGGAAAGAAAUUCCCCGAACUCCAGAAAAUCUGCUUACUGAAAUUAGAAGCUCAUGGAGAAAAGCUAUUCAGACUGAGGCCUCAUCAGACAUAGAGCUGGUCCCAGCUGAAGUAGUGAUAGAAGAAGCUCCAAUGGAUGCUGGCCCUGUAAUGCAGAAGGCGGAAGACUCUAGAUUCGUGUGCUCUACCCAUGCAUCUCUUGUACAUGAUAUUGAUCCUCCUUUGUCAGAAAGGAAGUCCCAAUUAAGUUAUACAGAAUUUAGACCUCAAGAGCAGAUGAGGAUAAGUCAUAUUGAAUCUGAAAUUUUGGAAGCAUCAGGAAUGCAAGAGAGUGAGAGGACUGAAGAAGAGGAAUUAAAAUGUAUUGUUUUGAAUAAAAGUUAUGUAGAAGACACAGAAGAACAGACUUUUCCACAUGUAAAGAAGAGCAUGAAUAUUCCAAAUACUUGUUCAGAAAACAAUAGUAGAACAAAUGUUCUACCUUCAGACCACUUUUGGAGUUCCUUAAUGGAUGGGAUGCUGCAUCGUAAUGUGUCUCCACAGUUAAGUCCUGUCACUCAUCAAGAUCACUGGUUGGGGAUACUGGAUGAGACAUUUCCAGAAGAACUUGAUAACAUAGAUUCCAACAAAUCUGCAAGCUCAGGGUCUUAUUUUGAUAUUAUGGACAAAGUGUAUGUAACAGAUGGUUCAAAAAAUAAGGAUGAUAUUAAAAAAUAUGAACAGCCCUUUCAGAACACAUAUGAAGCACUGAAAAAGACUGCAUUUAGAAGUGAAGAGGAGCUGCAUCAAACACAUAAUGGAGGUGAAUCUGUAUGUUGUAGGUCAGACCUAAGUCUUGCACCAGAAAAAAGACAAAGAGGUGAAUUGUGCAGUCCUCUGGAAUGCUUCUGCUUGGAUGAAGAAGUUACUAAGAUACCAUCGCCAAUAUCUCCUAGUGAAAGAAAGUAUUCCCUGUCAUCUUUGCUGGUAUCCUGCCAGCAUCUGGAGGAAAUGGCAUCAAUGGUACACGAAAUCCCGUUAGACAUAAUACAUAAAUUGAAGGAUAAAGAGCAGUUGAAUGAGAAGCCUGGCAUGAAGGAACCAACAUCAGAAUAG